AUGACGGAUUCUUCGCCAUUUACUCUUCCCUCCUUUGAUCCCGCCCUCCUUCUACAUUCCGAAGAUCCUCAAGAUAUUCCCUCCGAGUCCUUUUCCGACGAGCUCGAGGCGUUGAACUUCUCUCGCCUGGAAAAGACUCGCAACAAAGUCGUGAUCCAGCACCGAGCUUGGAACCUAUCCGAUGUUUUUCGCAGUGACGAGGACGUGAGACCGGACACUCCAACAAGACCCCCGAAGAACUCUCGAUUGCGAAGCGUGUUCUCCCCAAUUCGUGAACAGACAUCAUUCCCAUCUUCGCCGCCCACUCCCAAGAUGCCGCUUAUUUCCUCGCCGGUUGUGUUUCCCUCGAGUGCGCCUUCUCCAGACUCGCAGAAACGGAAGAAUGGCGAGAAUUCACAGUCGACAGAGCCGAAGCGGCAGAAGAUCAUGGCCGGGUUUUUAGAUGACGAUGACGAUGACGACGGGCUAGAAGCUUUCAAUGAGGCACAGCUUCAGAGCCAGUUCAACAUCCAGGAACAGCUUGUUGAGCUACCUAAGAUUCCUCAACCUCAACCCUCCCUCGAGCCUGCGGCACCCGACAACCGCGAACCCGGACGCACAAAUGUUGUGGAUACGGCUGCUUCGCUACCAAAGAGAUCGCCCAUCUCAGUUCAAAUUAGAACUUGCGCGGGGAAGACCUUGAAUGUACCUCUGAAGAAAUCCAACGCCCGGGUGUCAUACGAAAGACUCGUUGCUGGUCGGUCAACCACAGCUCCGGGAAGAGCUCAAAAGAGCUACUAUGGAAUUGAAAUUCACAAACUACUCGAUGAGUCCGCAAAGGAAAUUGAGCGUACCGAAGCGUCCAAAUCAGCCCCUGCACCGACAGUUCAACCCUCCAUUGAAGCUCCUAUUGGCGAUAAGAGAAGCAAAAAGCUCUCGACAGCCAUGUGGACUGAGAAGUAUCGUGCGCGCAAGUAUACUGAGCUUAUUGGAGAUGAACGUACCCAUCGAUCUAUCUUGCGGUGGCUUAGGGGAUGGGAACCCAUUGUCUACCCGGGUCUUGCUCGGUCCAAACCGAAGAAGGCGAACUAUAACAACGACGAAGAGGAACGACCCCACCGGAAAGUUUUAUUACUCUGCGGGCCCCCCGGGCUAGGGAAAACAACCUUGGCCCAUGUCUGUGCUAGACAGGCAGGCUACGAGAGCCUAGAAAUCAACGCAAGUGAUGAGCGUAGUAGAGAUGUUGUUAAAGGGAGAAUAAGAGACGCGCUCGGCACAGAGAAUGUCAAGGGAAUGAAUGUGGCAGUCGGCGAGCAGAAAGUACGCAAAGUCGGACGUCCUGUCUGCGUUGUUGUUGACGAAGUCGAUGGGGUCGUCAGCGGAUCUGGUGGCUCUGGUGAAGGUGGCUUUAUGAAGGCGUUGAUCGACCUCGUUCUCCUGGACCAAAAGAAUUCCGCCCGCACAUCUGAACAAACGUCUGGUGGGAAGAAAAGAAAGGGUGACAACUUCCGAUUUCUCCGCCCACUCAUCCUGGUAUGUAAUGAUGUGUACCAUUCCAGUUUGCGGCCGCUUAGAACAUCUGCUAUCGCGGAGAUUGUACACGUGCGUCAAGCGCCGUUGGAGAACGUCGUCUCCCGCAUGAAGUCUAUUUUUACAACCGAAGGAAUCCCUUCUGACAAUGAUGGGGUGAGACGACUGUGCGAAGCUUCCUGGGGCCUUGCAAAGAGGAAGCAACGUGGAGUGAGAAAUACGGGUGCUGCAGAAGGAGAUAUCCGGAGUGUCCUUGUAGCAGCAGAGUGGGUAGCUCAUAAACUUCGAAGUGAAAGUUCUGCAUCCUUGAGGUUGACGCGAAACUGGCUCGAGCAGCGUGUCCUAGCUGACCCCGGAGGCGGCUCUUUUUUCAAAGGCAUGAACCGUGGUGGAGUGCGUGAUAUCGUGGACCGAGUCUUCACGGAAGGAGCUGGAUUUCCAGACGUGCCGCUCGGCACUGAAUCCUUCCAGGAUCCUUACGAUCGCACAGCAGAGGGACCUGCGGAUGUUGCGGCCAUUAAAAAGCGAAAUGCAGUUAGCAAGCUUCGCGAGAUGGUCGAUGCCAGUGGUGAUCAUGAUCGUUGCACUUCUGAGUGCUUCGCUUCAUAUCCACUACUACCAUAUCAAGACGAUACAUUCCUCUCGAAACCAAACGCUGCUUACGAUUGGCUUCACUUCCAUGACACCAUUUCAUCUAGGGUUUAUUCCGCUCAUGAUUGGGAACUCGGAGCAUAUCUCAGCCAAGCGACAUCAGCCUUCCACCUUCUCUUUGCGACCCCUCAAGGGAAACCUCAAGCCCAAUACAAAGAGAAAGAUGAGGAGGAGGAAGAGGCACACCCGUUCUCCGGGCCAAGAGCAGACUACGCAGCCUUUGAAGCCCUCAAACAGAACCAGUCUGUCUUAUCGGGAUUCCAGUCCUCCUUCUCCGCGCCCCUUCUCCGUCUCUUCCGAUCGCCAAACAACCUAGCCACCGAACUCAUCCCAAAUGUCAUCCGAAUGCUCUCCCCAGAUGUCAAACCUAUUGUCGUCCGCGGUAGUGAGCAGAAGAGCGUCGCGAGUGUUCGCAAGGAAAGCGAGCGCGCCCUCGUCCAAUCCGCCGUUCGAGUAAUGGCCGGCCUAGGCGUGACCUUUGAGAAAGUCCGCAUCGAGAAUGAGGGUGGUGCCCACGGUGGAUGGGCAUACCGGAUGGAACCUCCCCUUGACUCCCUCGUUACGUUCGCCAAAGCACCCGGCAUCUCCUCAACCACGGCCCCAGUCCGCUAUGCCGUCCGCCAAGUCCUCGACCAGGAAUACCGCAAGGAAUCCAUCCGCAAGAACUCCGAGGCCCUAUCCUCUAUUAAAACAACAUCCAAGAAAUCAUCUAGUGACUCAACCGCCGACGCUGCAAAACUCAAAUCCGGAAACGUGGUGAAGCGAGACUUUUUUGGCCGUAUUAUUGAGGAGCCACAGAAGCAGGAGGACCCGUCGGCGCAGGAAGGGAAACCAAACCUCGCACAGCAGGAGGCUUUGAAUUCGGGCCGUAAGGUUUGGGUUACCUAUCACGAUGGGUUUUCGAAUGCGGUUAGGAAACCGAUUUCGUUGACGGAAUUGCUGGGUGGGCUGUAG